GCACGCAAUAUUAUCCUGGCUCGCUCGACAAACUGAUAUGCUUGAAUAAACGUCCUGUCGCGUUCAUAUUCUCGCCCUGUCCGUUUCACUCCCACUCCAGGACUUGUCAGCUAUGGCGCCAGACCGAGGAUCCUCGCCGCACCCAUCCGUGGAUGACUAUGACAGAGUUGAGGAUACCCAGAACAAUGCGCCAAUCCAUGCUGGCGACCGCGACUAUCUGGCCGAGCAAGCUGGGCAGCCACAGAACUUUACGCUGAGGGGCGUCCUUGUUGGUCUAGCCAUCGGUAUUGUCAUAUGUUUCUCCAACAUGUACUUUGGUCUGCAGACCGGCUGGGUAUCUGGUAUGGCCAUGCCGUCCGCUUUGAUUGGGUUCGCAUAUUUCAAAGUUGUUGCUCGCACACUGAAGCUUCCGUUCACGCCUGUGGAAAACGUGCUUGUGCAGUCGGUUGCUGGAUCCGUUGGCACAAUGCCGUUAGGAUGUGGGUUUGUGGGCGUCAUCCCAGCCUUGAACUUCCUACUGAAGCCAGAAGAGGGAGGGCCGUUGGACAUCAGUCUAUGGAAGUUGAUAGUAUGGGCAGUAGGCAUCUGCUUCUUUGGUGUCGUUUUCGCCGUACCAUUGCGGAGGGAGAUGAUCAUCAGGGAGAAAUUGAAAUUUCCUAGUGGUACUGCUACCGCAUUGCUGAUCAAGGUAUUGCACGGUGAGAAGGAUUCGGGGCCUAUUGCUUCAGAGCAUUCCAACAGGCGGGAUGGAGACCAUGACGAAGCCCGGGGCCUUCUACAAGAUGAGCGUGCCGAAGGAAGAGACCCAGAGGAAGAAGACGAAAGCGGCGACUGGAAAGCAAAGAUUCGACUUCUCGUAAUCGCGUUUGCCGGCUCUGCGCUCUACACUGUCUCAUCUUACUUCGUUCCUCAACUUCACGACAUCCCCGUCUUCGGCCUACCACUGGCAACAAAAUGGCUCUGGACUCUCAACCCAUCACCCGCUUACGUUGGCCAAGGCAUCAUCAUGGGUCCCGCAACUACAUUGCAUAUGCUUCUCGGCGCGGUCAUAGGCUGGGGUAUACUCUCUCCUCUCGCAAAGCAUCAAGGCUGGGCACCGGGUCCCGUCUCAGACUGGACCAAUGGCUCCAAAGGCUGGAUAGUGUGGAUCUCGCUUGCCAUCAUGCUGGCUGACUCACUUGUCAGUCUCGGCUGGCUAGUUCUCCGUCCACUCAUUGCACUCACACGUCUCUACUAUCCCACAGCCAGAGAGACAUUCUGCUCACAUACCUGGCGCGAACUUUUUACCCUCAACAUUUCUCGCCAGCAGCGAUAUAGUCCACUCGCCGAUGGAACAUCUGCAGAUCCUGUCGCAGCCGUCAAACAACAACUCGAUUCUAACUCUGAGCCUGACGCGCCACCCGAACACCUGAUCUCGACACGCACGACUGUGGUCGGGUUAAUAGGCUCGCUCGUUGUUUGCGUAAUCGCAGUUCACGUCUCCUUUCCCAGUCUGAUUCCCUUUCGCCUCACGCUCCUCUCUCUCGUGCUUGCGCUCCUGCUCAGCAUCAUGGGCGUCCGUGCGCUAGGUGAAACAGAUCUCAAUCCUGUGUCGGGUAUCUCGAAGCUCACACAGCUUGUCUUUGCGCUUGUGACGCCUACGACUGGCCCAGGCGCCAAGAACGCCGUUAUCAUCAACCUAGUUGCAGGUGCUAUCAGCGAGAGUGCGGCGCUGCAGGCUGGUGACUUGCUACAGGAUCUGAAGUGUGGACAUCUCAUCGGUGCGGCGCCAAAUGCGCAAUUCUGGGGUCAAAUGAUUGGAAGUGGAGUGGGUGCUGUGUUGUCUGCAGUGGUGUAUAAGCUAUACACCAAUGUUUAUACCAUACCUGGUGGGCUGUUUGAAGUACCAACGGGUUACGUGUGGGUGUUCACUGCACGAUUGGUUACAGGCAAAGGACUGCCCCCAAUGGUCGCGCAAUGGGCGAGCGGUGCAGCGCUUAUCUUCGCAGUGGGAACCAUGAUCAGAGUAUGGGGUACGAAUAGGAAGCAGAGAGGCUUGAGUGGGUGGUGGAUCGAUUUCGUGCCAGGUGGCAUUGCAGUCGCCGUUGGUAUGUACAAUACGCCUUCGUUCACAUUGGCGCGCACCGUUGGCGGUCUUAUCAGUUUAUGGUGGAGGAGAUGGAAGGGUCAGGGCGAGACGCCCAUCAUCGUGUUGGCUAGCGGCUUGAUCUUAGGUGAGGGACUGUUCAGUAUUGUGAAUCUGCUGUUAGCAAGCUUGGAAGUGCCGCACCUCUAAAUGAGCAAGCGCAGUAGCAGACGAACUUUGUCUACUGGAAAUGUAUUGCUACUGUCGUUGCACUGUUUCCAAUAACAUGAGCAAGUUUGCAGUCCCAUAAUUCCUCCUUUCGCGAGGUAUCAUCCACUUCCCACAGCGCCAUGUAUCAGCUGCUCAUGCCUAGGUGUACUUGCA